GCGGCGGCAGCGGGCAUGGCAGCGCGGCGGGCGUGAGCGAGCGGGCGGCGAGACCGGCACCGGGCCCGGCACCGGCCCGCAGGCUGCGGUGUCCGACAUGGAUCUCCUCGUGUUCUGCCCCUUUCUGCUGGUGCUGGUGCUGCCCGGGGGCAGCCUGGCAGACCUGGAGAAGCAGAGGGUGGACUCCGGCUUGGAAAUCUGUAUCCUUCUCCUCAGGCCCUCGCCUCCAUCAUGCUCGUAACUGGCGGGGCCGGAGAGCGCUCUCACGCGCGAGGAGGGUCAGGGACGGCACAAAGGGGAACGUGGGGAUGGAGGGGAGAGGAGGGAAGGGUCUUCAGGCUGUGACUACUGCUAAUGAGAUGAAAACGAGCUCCGAGGGCCCGGCUCGGUCUUUUACGGGGAGAUGCGGAGGGGCCAGGCUGGCACUGUGUGCCCGGAGGAGCGGGAGCGUGCUGUGGCGCUGGCAGCGUGGGGCCCUUGACUGCGCUGCAGAUAAGAAGCUGUUCGAGGUGAAGCGCAAGGACCAGAUGAACGCCCUGAAGAACCUGAUCGAGCUCAACGACGUGAACCAGCAGUACAAAAUCAUCGACAUCAUGCUCAAGGGACUCUUCAAAGUGCUGGAGGACUCGCGGGCAGUGCUCAUAGCUGCGGACGUGCCCCCGGACGGGCCUUUCCCUCAGGAUGAGAAGCUGAAGGACGCCUACUCCCACGUGGUGGAGAACACGGCCUUCUUCGGGGACGUCGUCCUGCGCUUCCCCAAGAUCGUGCACCACUACUUCGACCGCAACUCCAACUGGAACAACCUCAUCCGCUGGGGCAUCGGCUUCUGCAACCUGACGGGCGUCUUCGAGCGGGGGCCCCACUCCCAGCUCCUGGGGCUGAUGGCUCAGGAGCUGGGCAUCAGCGAGAAGUCCCCCGAUUACCGCAAUCCCUUCAAAGCCGACCACUCCGAGUUCUUCCCCAGCGCCGACACCUUCCAGAAGGCGCUGCGCGAGGAGGAGAAGCGGAGGAAGAAGGAGGAGAAGCGCAAGGAGAUCCGCAAGGGCCCGCGCAUCUCGCGCUCGCAGUCGGAGCUGUAAGCACCGGGCUGCACCUCCACGGGGCCGGCUUCGGGGCGGGGGCCGGGUCCCGUGCCCUCAGGGCUGCUCCCACCCGUGGGGCCGUGCCGCCUCUGCCCGCGGGUGGGCCGGGGAGCCCGCCGUGCUGCUGCUUGUGAGUUUUGGGGUGGUUUUUGUGUUUUGUUUGCCCCGGUCAUACCUGGCCUCUGCCCGGUCGCUACCUCUGCCCGACCCCGUGCCCCGGGGGCCGUUUUCCCAUACGGCCGGCGUUCCAGCUGCGGCCCCACGGUUGGAAGGCCGGCUCCCAGCGCAGCCGGUGCCUGGCGGGGACAGCGGGGUGCGCGGCUCCCCACCGAAACUCCCUCCGGGACCCGAAGCGGCAGCGGGACCACCGCCGGGAUGGUGCUGGGGCGGGGGCCGUGCCACGCUGCCUUCAGGGAAGGGGAAACGUCCUUCGGUUCUUCGUGCAGAGCCGGCUGCGGGGGCGGCGGGGACGCGCGCUGGAGCGGGGCGUGCCUCGUUUCUCCCGAAUAAACCCCGGUUAGUGUCGUUAAUUUUUUUUUAACGAA